CCGCUCCUUCCUUCCGGAAGCCCGGGGUCCGCGCUCUCCCGGCAUUCCUUUCCUUCCGGCUGUGCUCGGUUCCCUCUGGCGAUUCCCGCCUUGCGCGCCGGUUUCGAGCCCGAGUGUCAAGCCUGACUUUGCGGACCCAAGCAUCUCGCCCCGAUCUACCAGGACUGGGUUCUUGGCUAUGGGGGCAGGAAUGGCGCAGCUGGAGGGUUACUACUUCUCGGCUGCCCUGAGCUGUACCUUUUUAGUGUCCUGCCUCCUCUUCUCAGCUUUCAGCCGGGCGCUGCGAGAACCCUACAUGGACGAGAUCUUCCACCUGCCGCAGGCGCAGCGCUACUGUGAGGGCCAUUUCUCCCUCUCGCAGUGGGACCCCAUGAUUACUACAUUACCUGGCUUAUACCUGCUGUCAGUUGGAGUGGUCAAACCGGCCAAUUGGAUCUUCGGAUGGUCAGAACAUGUUGUCUGCUCCAUUGGAAUGCUCAGAUUUGUUAAUCUUCUCUUCAGUGUUGGCAACUUCUAUUUAUUAUAUUUGCUUUUCCGCAAGGUGCAACCCAGACACAAGGCUGCCUCAAGUAUCCAGAGAAUUUUGUCAACAUUGACAUUAGCAGUAUUUCCCACACUCUAUUUUUUUAACUUCCUAUAUUAUACAGAAGCGGGAUCCAUGUUUUUUACUCUUUUUGCAUACUUGAUGUGUCUUUAUGGAAAUCAUAAAACCUCAGCCUUGCUUGGAUUUUGUGGAUUCAUGUUUCGUCAAACAAAUAUCAUUUGGGCUAUCUUCUGUGCAGGAAAUGUCAUUUCACAAAAAUUAACUGAAGCUUGGAAAACCGAGCUACAAAAGAAGAAGGAAGAGAGGCUUCCCCCUAUUAAAGGACCAUUUUCAGAAUUCAGGAAGAUUCUUCAGUUUCUUUUGGCUUAUUCCAUGUCCUUUAAGAACUUAAGUAUACUUUUCCUUUUGACUUGGCCCUAUAUCCUCCUAAUGUUUCUGUUUUGUGCAUUUGUGGUAGUUAAUGGUGGAAUUGUUAUUGGUGAUCGUAGCAGUCAUGAAGCCUGUCUGCACUUUCCUCAGCUAUUCUACUUUUUCUCUUUUACUCUUUUUUUUUCCUUUCCUCACCUCUUAUCUCUUAGCAAAAUCAGGGCUUUUCUUUGCCUAGUUUGGAAACGGAAAAUUCAGUUUUUUGUGAUUACUUUAGUCUCCAUAUUUUUAGUUUGGAAGUUUACUUAUGCUCAUAAAUACUUGCUCUCAGAUAAUAGACAUUAUACAUUUUAUGUGUGGAAAAGAGUUUUUCAAAAAUAUGAAAUCGUGAAAUACUUGUUAGUUCCAGUCUAUAUAUUUGCUGGUUGGACGAUAGCUGAUUCAUUGAAAUCAAAGUCGAUUUUCUGGAAUUUAAUGUUUUUCAUGUGCUUAUUUACUGUCAUAGUACCUCAAAAACUGCUAGAAUUCCGUUAUUUCAUUUUACCUUAUGUUAUUUAUAGGCUUAACAUACCUCUGCCACCCACAUCUAGACUUGUUUGUGAGCUGGGUUGCUAUGCAGUUGUGAAUUUCCUAACUUUUUAUAUCUUUCUAAACAAGACUUUUCAGUGGCCAAAUAGUCAGGACAUUCAAAGGUUUAUGUGGUAAUAUCAGGGAUAUCAUGAACUCUAAAAUUAGACUUAUUUGGACUAUUUCUGUAAUGAAAACUAAGUAGAAAUUUUGGGAUUUCUUUAGGCACCAUAGUGAUCCUCAGAUCACAUCAGAUUUUUUGUGUUUUAAAUAUCAGAAGUAAGUGUUUAUAUAUAUGUAUAAAAUCCAAAAAAAAAAAAAGGAGUUCCCUGGUGGGCUAGCAGGUGAAGGAUCCAGCAUUGUCACUGCUGUGGCGCAGAUUUGAUCCCUGGCCGGGGAACUUCCACAUACCACAGGCAUAUAUAUAUGCAAGAAAGUUAAGUGGUAAAGAACUGAGGAGUUCCUGCUGUGUACAGUGGGUUAAGAAUUUGACUGCAGCAGCUGGGGUCACUGUGCCAGCACAAGUUCAAUCCCCACCUUCUUACAGUGGGUUAAAGGAUCUGGUGUUGGUACAACUGCAGCGUAUGUCACAGCGGUGGCUCAGAUUCGGUCACUAGUCCGGAAACUUCCAUAUGCCACAGGUGCUGCCAUGAAAAAAAAAAACAACAACAACAACAAAAAAUGAACUGAGAAAAGUUUUAAGACUUCCUCCAUAACCCUGAAUAAUGAUGGGGAAAUAAGAUAUUUAUAGUUAUCUCAUGGUAUUUCUUUAGCUACUCAAAAAGCUUGAAAACUUUUUAUAUACAAGUUUAAGUAAACUGGGCAUGCUGUAUAGUGCUGGAACUUAUUUAUUAUUCUCUUCAGAAAGAUGUAGCAGUGUCUUUGAAAAAAUUUACAAGUGAUUAGGUAAUAUUCGUGAUGGAAACAUUGUUAAACAUUUUAGUAAAUAUAAUUUAAAUCAUAAGGCAAAAUAGACUCACUGAAAUAGUAAAUCUUAUUAAAUAGAGGCUCUUCUGUGUUUAUCUAGGAAUCAAGUUACUGAUUUUUUUUUAAAAUGUAAAAAUGAUGAAGUCCUUUCACUAUUCCUAACAUGAAAUAUAUGAUGGCCAAAGAUAAAUUGCUUUGAUAAUAAUACCUUUUAAAAGGGAUUUUCUGUACUACUUUCUUAUGGCUUCCAUAGCAAAUUACCACAAAUUUGGUGACUUAAAAAAACUUCUCAGAGUUCUUACUAUAGCACAGUAGGUUAAGAAUCUGACUGCAGUGCCUCAGGUCUCUGGAGGUACCAGUUCCAUCCCAGGCCUAGCACUGUGUCCAGCCUUGCCACAGCUGCUGCUAGGAUUCAGUUCCUGACCCAGGAACUUCCAUGUGCCGUAGGUGUGGCCAUUAAAAAAAAAAAAGAAGAAAAUUCUCUCACAGUUCUUGAGGCCAGAAGUGUAAAAUUAAAGUGUCACUAGUGUUAAUUUAUUCUGGAGACUCUCAAAGAGAAUCCAUUCCAUGCCUCUCUCCUACCUCCUGAUGGCUGUCUGCUCUCCUUCAUGUUCUUUGCUUUAUAGAUGGCAUUGCUCCAGUAUCUGCCUCUGUCUUCACAUGGCCUUCCUUUUUGUUUUCUUUCUCUUAUAAGGACAAUGUCUUUGGAUUUAGGGCCCACCCUAAUCCAGGAAAAUUGCAUGCCCAGAUCUUGAACUUAAUUAAAGACUCUUUUUUUUCCAUAUAAGGUCAUAUUUACAGGUUCAAGUAGACCUAUCUCUUUGUGGGACACUUUCCAACCCACCAAAGUUACCAAAGGAGAUUUUACAGUAAACCUCAUAAAAUUUAUAGGGAAUGAUUUCUUUGCUGAGAUAUUUUAAGUAAAAUUGUAUCUUUUCUGAGAGGUUAAAACAAGUGACUUAUAACGUCACAUAAUUAAAAAACAGUGUAACUUAAUUCCAUUAUCCAAAAAAAGCUACAAUUUAAAGGAAUUUUAGAAAUUGUUUGGUCUAGUCUUAUUUUGUAAUUCAGGGAACAACUUGGGUAGGAUUUUGGGGGGUGGAUUUUGGCUUCUUUGUCUUCUAUUUUGAGUACAUUCAUUGGGUUGUCAUUCUAUUACAGAAAAGUAUUAUUUGGAUAUGUUAAUUUUGAUGUGUAAACUGAGAACUGUGUAUAGAAUUCAUCUUUUAACCCUGUUUUACAUUUGUAAACUUUUUAUAACUGUGUGAACUAUCUUCAGUAUUGAAUUAUGUUUUCUCUGGGUUUUAAAUAAUGAGUGGAUUUGUAAAGUAUUCUUCAUUUGCAAAUAUAAAAUUGUGCACAGGUGAAAA